GGCCUAGAGUGGAAGUUGGUCGGAAUAAUUAAUAGUCAAAAUACGCGGCUCUAACCCACUUGUUCACACUCUCCUCUUAUAUAAAGUUUCGAUUCUUACGCCACCACAAUCACACCACACCUAAACCACUGCUACUGCUACUGCAGUCCUAUUCAAUUCCUGAUUUUUUCAAAUUUAAGUUGUUGAAUUCUAUUUCAAACUAAACUAAAGUCAAGAAAUCAUACUACUCGUAUUAUUUAUUUUGAGAAAACUUAUUACUGUAUCAAAUUAGAGGUGGUGAAAUUCGAACCAUGGGGGUAAGCAAGCAGCAAAGCCAGGCCUUCAAUAUGGGUCUCGAUGUUGCCCCUCAAAACGCUUCCAAAGCAUUUGAUGAUGAUGGCCGUGUCAAGAGAACAGGGACUAUGUGGACGGCAAGUUCCCAUAUAAUAACGGCUGUGAUUGGGUCAGGAGUGUUGUCCUUGGCUUGGGCUACGGCCCAGCUUGGAUGGAUUGCUGGCCCAAUUGUGAUGAUAUUGUUCUCAAUUGUCACUUACUACACUUCUGUUCUCCUUUCCGAUUGCUACCGAUCCGGUGAUCCUGUCUCCGGCAAGAGAAAUUACACUUACAUGGAUGCCGUUCAAGCUAAUCUUGGUGGGCUUCAAGUGAAAAUAUGUGGAUUGAUUCAGUACUUAAACCUCUUUGGAGUUGCUAUCGGUUACACAAUAGCAGCCUCGAUAAGCAUGACGGCUAUAAAAAGGUCUAAUUGCUUCCAUGAGAAAGGCGAGAAAUCCAAGUGCGACAUAUCAGCAAAUCCUUACAUGAUCCUCUUUGGAGUUGCUGAGAUAUUCUUCUCCCAAAUCCCAGAUUUUGAUCAAAUUUGGUGGCUAUCAAUUGUUGCAGCAGUCAUGUCUUUCACUUAUUCUACCAUUGGUCUUGGUCUUGGUAUCGCUAAAGUGGCUGUAAAUGGAAAAAUCAAGGGCAGUUUGACUGGUAUUAGUGUUGGUGUGGUUACGGAAACUGAUAAAGUGUGGAGAAGCUUCCAAGCACUUGGUGAUAUUGCAUUUGCCUAUUCAUACUCCAUGAUUCUUAUUGAAAUUCAGGACACAGUAAGGUCACCCCCAGCAGAAUCAAAGACAAUGAGGAAGGCUACACUAAUAAGUGUUGUAGUAACAACUGUAUUCUACCUGUUAUGUGGGUGCUUUGGCUAUGCAGCAUUCGGGGACUUGUCACCCGGGAACCUGCUAACUGGGUUUGGAUUCUACAACCCAUUUUGGCUAGUAGACAUAGCCAAUGCUGCCAUCGUCAUCCAUCUCGUUGGUGCCUACCAAGUUUACUGUCAGCCUCUCUAUGCUUUCAUUGAGAAAAUAGCCAGUGAGACCUUCCCUGAUAGUGACUUCAUCACCAAAGAUAUCAAAAUUCCACUUCCUGGUGGUUACAAACCUUACAACCUUAAUCUCUUCAGGCUAGUUUGGAGGACAGUGUUCGUGAUCAUUACCACCGUAAUUUCCAUGCUCUUACCCUUCUUCAACGACGUGGUGGGAUUACUUGGAGCACUUGGGUUUUGGCCCUUGACUGUGUAUUUCCCUGUAGAAAUGUACAUUUCCCAGAAGAAGAUACCCAAAUGGACUACUAAAUGGAUUUCUCUUCAGAUUCUAAGUGCUGCUUGCCUCAUUAUCUCCAUCGCCGCCGCUGCUGGAUCUAUCGCCGGGGUGGUUAAUGAUCUUAAGACGUAUAAGCCUUUCAAGACCACUUACUGAUUCUAAUUGUUUUACUAAAUGCUAACACAAUGGUUAGGAGGAGUUGGUAGUAAAGGCACCAUCGCUCAAAACAGAGGGCUCUGUAGUUGCUGCUUUUGUUGAUUAUUGUAUGUAGGUUUUAUCUUACCACUCCAUGGAAUUACCCUUUACGUUUAUAGGUCUAAUUUACUGAUCCACCUUCGUUAGAAGAGUGACAGAUUGGAAAUCAGAGGGUAACAAAACUGACAAUUGAACACAAUGGCCAUUGAGUAUAAACUGGUAUACUGCUGUUGGGGGUCAAAUGAGCCACUUAAAAAUAAGCCUGUGGAUAUCACAACUUGUUUUGUGCAA